CAUGUGGAUGUGGCAGGUAAACAAACCGGUCUGGCCCGCCAGGGGCUUUCCCUGAACACACGGCAGACCGGCUUUGAGAACCACUGAUAUAGAUCAUAUGUCAAGGGUGAGGCUGCUUUCUCAGGUAACUGAAAAUAUAUAUGUCAAGGGGUUUUGAUGCCUCACUUCCUGGUUACCAGGAUGCAAGUAGGAUCUGUGAUAGUUUUAGAGCCUUGAAUAUCUCUCUAGCCUUAAUUUUUCACAUCGGUGUUUGUAUCCUCUGGAUCUCAGGAGGAGGCGAUACACUUCAAAUUAAUGUCUCGUGGAUUUGUCACAAGCCCCAGAAAAGAACCAGCACAACCCUGCCACUCUGGGAGCAGACCAGGGACCAGACAGUGACUCGAGUCCCAAUCGGUCCCUGGCUCUCCCCUGAUCUAAGGGAAAAGUCGCCAGUGCGAUCCCUUUUCUUAGUGUAGAUCACUACCUGCCCCCUACCUAGACACCUGUGCCAGACAGUGUCUUUCUACCUAGACACCUGUGCCUGACCCCGGGAGACCGCCUUUCCUCUCCAUGCUGCGACCUACAGCUUGGGAGUGAGGGAGAAGAGGGAAUAGUUAACAAAGGCACGGAAAUGAGGAGGAGAUGAGGCUGUGACAGCAACUGAACAGAACGUUUUUUUAUUAUUAUAACAGUAUUUGUCAUUUGAAAAAUUUCAGCUAGUUCUAGUACCCUUGGCCAUAGCAAAGCAGCCCUUCACCUCCCCAAGGAAUCUAAAUAUGGUUUUAUGUGAAGUUCCUGAGGUUUUUCACUCUUCUGUUCUUCAUACACCAUUUUGUACCUUUACCCUGCCCCACUCAGACACGCCCCACAAGUUCAGAAUUCAGCACUGCAGCGCCCUCUGGUGUUUGUCAUAGACUUGAAGGAACACCCCCAACAUGAUUCCAGUGUGUAACACGAGUGAGCAAUGCACUUUGUUGCAGAGUGCUGAGUUAACAAGGGCACUUCAACUUCCUGAGAAAUCUUUGAAAUCAAAGGAGCCUUUUGUGAAGCGUUGGAAUAAAGAGGAUCUGUGCUGUGCUCUGUGAAUCCGGAGGGCUUUUGUUUUGUGUGUGUGUAUUUUACAAAAGAGCCCGCUCUAUGUUCCUACAGUAUUCAGAGGAAACAAACAGUAUUGCAAAUUGAAAUGAUCUGAAGAGCAUAUUUUAAAAAUUUUAAAUAAUCCUUCUAAUUAAUAUAGUUUUCAGUCCUGACCUGUAAUUCAUUUAAAAGUAAAUGUCAUUUGGUUAAGGAUGCGUUAAGCUUACAGCUCACUACAGUCUUUAUUUAAACGUCACUUUUUUUCCCUAUGGCCUAUCUUAUGUUACACAUUUAACUAUUGAUCAGUUGUGGAAAAUAAUAAUCCGGAAAAAAAGCAGCCUUUAACAAACUAGUCUGAGGAGUCCUUGCUCCAUGAAAAGCACAGAUUUUCAGCAGCUAUAGAUGGGAACAGUGACAUCAGCACUAUUGAAAAGAAAUCACGAAAGCAGCACCUUAGAUCUGCUUGAACUUGUCAGUUCCCCAGUAUCUGAGAACCUCAGUCUUUUAAUGCAUCUAUACCUGUGGCACAGCUGGGGAACCAUUGAAAGACUUGGAAGAAACAGACAGGCGUGGAGGAGCUUCGUCAUGGCCCUAAACACCAGAGGCGUAAUAAGAACAUGAUGAUGAUGAUCUCUUGAGUAAAGCAUUUAGUCCUAUAUUUCCUGAAUCUUCCCUUACUGUGGCAUUGUGGUACAUCUUUAAGCUGUUUAAAAACAACUAGCUGACUCUUCUGGCUUUGCUAUGAUGAAUUGACUGACUGGAAGAGCAGAAAAGCUUGCAGAUUCCACAGGAGCAAAGUCUUGUUCCUCUUGGCCUCCCCCACUGCUCUUAUUUGAAUCCCAACACCAGCUGCUGGCAGAAGACACAAUGAGUUUAAAUUUCUCCAUUACCUGAGUCCCACCCUCAGUGAUUCUGACAAUAUUAGUCAUGCCUUAUAUUACUGACAAGUCCAGAUGUCUUUUGGCGGCCUCUCUGAUUCACAGAACCUCAUGCCACACAAGACCAGCAGAUACCAUUUCCUGUGGAUCGUCAGCACCUUCUCAGAAUACACAGUUGUGCCUGAUUCUGCCCUAGCAAGAAUUGUUGUUGCUGCUCCUCGGGAUGGAUUCUGUCUCUGUGGAUUUUCCACUGGUUAUGGGGCUGCCAUUAAUACUCCCAAAGUUAAACCUGGUUCAACUUGUGCCAUCUUCGGUUUGGGAGGAGUUGGCCUCUCCGUUGUUGUUGGCUGUAAGGCAGCUGGUCCUUCCCGGAUCAUUGGGAUCGACAUCAACAAAGAUACAUUUGCCAAGGCUAGAGAGUUAGGAGCCACUGAAUGCAUCAAUCCUCAGGACUUCAAGAAACCUAUUCAGGAGGUGCUGGUUGAGAUGACUGGGCAUGGUGUGGACGAUUCUUUUGAAGUUACUGGAUGCGUAGCUACUAUGGCAGCUACCUUGGCAUCCUGCCACAUGGGCUCUGGAAGGUGUAUGAUGAUUGGAACACAUUCUUUGAUAUCCUUUGACCCUAUGCUGCCAUUCACUGGACAUCCCUGGGAAGAGAGUCUUAAUGGCGCAUGGAGAUAAGCAAAAGUGCCAAAAGUGGAUGAACAUUUCCAUCUUAGUUAACCUGUUCAGUUGCUUGUGAAAUGUUUAGUCUGGCUAUUUUAUUGCUGUAUAUAAUGGAAUACAAAAGUGAAUGGUAAUUCUGCUGCUGCCAGAGUAGAACACGAAAACCCAAGUUUGCAUGAAGAAAAAAAACAAUUAUGCCUAGAAAUAUGGAUAUGUACAUGUGUAACUGCAUGUGCCUAAGCUUGAAAAGCUGGCUCAUAUUCACAGCCACAUAUUUUGUACAAUCUAUUAUGCACAUCAUAAAACAUUUCCAUUUUCCCUUCCAUGAUUUUAUUAAAUAUCUAUCUGAAUAUUUGUGCUAGUAAAUACCAUGAAAACAGCGUGCAAACUCCAAAUGGCUGCUCCGUUCAACCACAUUUGUGCCCCCUUUAUGUGCUGUUUUAGGAACAUUCUUGCAAAUAGAUUUUUUUUUCCCCACCCAAAUGUUUGGAGAAUAGUUGUUCUUCAAGAGGCUCAUUGAUUUCAAUGGGUUGUAGAUCACACGCCACACGAAUAUACGUCUUUUCAUGGGAGCCAAUGUACUCUAAUCAAAAUAUUAUUUGUUUGAUAUUCAUUAUUCACUAAUCUCCUGUUUACAAAGUGUGUUUUAUGCUUUGUUUAAUCAUAAAAUGUGUGUUUCAGAA